UUGUGCUGUCCAGUCCACCUUCAUCGUAAAGAAGAUUCAUUUUCAAAAGAAUCCAGGACUUGUUUCGAUCAGCAAAAGGUUCUUCAAAAAAACUUCUCUGGGUUUUUUGCAGAACCCGAGCUCUUUGGCAUGGUUGCUGCUACAAGUAGUAGCUUCCAAGCGAUCCUUAGCUAGCUACCUAACUCCUUUCUAUCCCACCAGGUCCUCACGGGCUCAAAGAAAGGAAUAGAAAGAAAAGACACAUUUCUUUUCUAUACUUGUUUCAUCCUGUUUCAAGUUUCAAGCUUGCAAAGCCACCCAAAUCGUCAAGCGGCCAGUCGACAAUGGAGCAGCUUUCAGACGAGAGUGACUUUACCAUCGAGUACUCCUUCGCUGAGGUGGAAGUGCCAGUGACGGGCAAGGACGAUGAAUUGGACGAGGAUGAGGAGGUUAUGGAGGAUGGCACUGCCAUCAGCAAAGUAGGUGUGCCACGCCGCUACUUUUGGAUUGUAGCGGCCUUCCUGGUCCUCACAACCACGGCUCUUGCCUGGCUCUUGCACGUGAACCUGAACGCUGAACUCAAGCUGCCGGAAGAGUUCCGAAAACGUGAAGACGAUGAGGACUGCAUGAGAUCAGGAAAGAAUGAAGUUCUCAGCUAG